CACUAACUUACCUAGUAGCCACAUACGCAAAGUGACUCCACAUUGUCCAACCUUGGAUAUUCCAGUCUGUUUUACUGCUAAAAUACCCUUUUACCCUACCCUUGCAGUGUUCAAAGUUCUUCUACCGCUUUCCUGGAUUUCACCAUGUCUGUUACCACUCUCCCCCCGGAACUUGUCAUUCAAAUUUGUGGAUACCUGGAGCUAGCCGAUUGGUGCGCCCUUCGCCUGACCUGCAAGACACUCUUUCUUCAAUUGCUGGAAGCUUUCGCUGACUCGUCAUUCCGCACAAUAUGGGUGCUGGUGACAAGUGAGAGUCUUAGCCGCUUGGCAGCGGUUGCUGGGAACGCAAAUCUUCGCACGCGCGUGAAGGAUAUCUGCAUAGUCCCUAUUCUAUCGGAAGAAACACUUGAGGAAGAGAGCUCGCGCCCGCGCAACAUAUCUGGAGCGCCAAAAAGCACACCUGUCUGGACCGCUAUACAUGGACAGGAAUCUCUGACCGGUGCUGAACUCUGCAGCCGUUCCACCGCCUACCAGGCUAUUGUGGCGGAUCAUCGGAUACGCCGGCUCCGUAAUCAGCUACCCUGUGUCAUGGAAAUUGCCUCUGCCAGGUUCCCGGGGCCUUUGAAGAAAGUGGCGGGCAAUACACAUGCAAGGGCUCUUGCGGCGAUAGUAAAUGGUAUCGUCAUAGGAAAGCCAGAACUCCGGAGAUUCGAGACGUGCGACAGUCGCCACUGUGGCGUGUCGGCACAGGAUCUGAUAGCCCUCACGACGACAAAACCGAAGUACAAAGGUUUCCUAAUCCUGUUACGGAACCUCGAAGCCCUCCAUCUGUGCCUGUGUAACGCGGACAAAGUGCCCGCCAGUCAAGGUAACGACGAUCGUCUGCAGGAUGCACUAGAGAUGGUGGAAACCGCUGCACCCAGCUUACAGACCCUCAUCUUCUCGCUCUCUUGCGCCCCAUUCAAGCACCUCUCGCCACGCACUUUCUCCCAGUUAUCGCAGCGCGUUCACUUUACGCGGCUAGUGGAGCUUGAAAUCCGUGACAUUGAUUUCACUCGCGGUGACCUUCAAGCAUUCCUCCGCUCCGCUACAACCACUCUCCAGCGUCUUAUCUUAUACAAGGUAAGCCUGGUCGACACUAUCACGCCCGCCUCUUCCUGGGAUCACCGCGCCCCUUAUGUCGACCGAAGGCAAUGGCGUAAAGACUACAAGUCAGAGAUCGGACUUCGGUGGCGGGCAGUUUGGGAAGACCUUCGCCACGAUCUCCUCUCACUCCGGUAUCUCCGCAUGGACACGCUGUUAUUCUGCGGCCAUAUGAUCGAGUUCAAUGAUCCUCCGCGGAGCCUCAAUAUACAACGACAGCAGGCACGCCGUAUUUACACUGUCACUUUCGAAGCUGAUCACGCCCAUACCACAUUGAGUGAAUGGAUCAGCGAUCUCAAGCCUACUCCGUCCGAGACGGUCUUUGCCCGGGCGACCGGCGGAGGUGCCUUCGACUCCCUAUUUUCGCCGUGA